UUAACAUCCCUGAUUCUUGGUUAGGUGAGGCGGCGUCAGCUCUCUGUUGUAAAGUGAGAAAGAUUCAUUUCCUUUAUUUGGGUCUUCCUAUUGGGGGUGAUCCGAGGCGUUUAGGUUUUUGGGAACCGGUUUUGGACCGUUUGAAGAAUCGUUUGUCGGGUUUGAGGAGUCGCUUUCUUUCUUUUGGUGGUCGUCUAGUUCUGCUUAAAUCCGUUCUGACCUCUCUGCCUGUCUAUGCUCUUUCCUUCUUUAAAGCUCCAUCAGGAUCAUGUUUCCGAUAGGUGGCAGUGGCAGUCUGACUUGGCUGAUGGUUAUACUGUUCGUGGAGCAUAUCUGUUUUUGACGACGCGGGAUGCAGUUACUUUGGAUGUUGCGUCAGGUCUUAUUUGGCACCGCCAGGUUCCUUUGAAGGUUUCUAUCUUUGCAUGGCGACUCUUGCGGGACAGGUUACCUACCAAAGCAAACCUGGUUACUCGAGGGAUCUUAUCUGAGGCGGCCCAUCAUUGUGUUUCUGGCUGCGGAGGGGUUGAGUCGGCUCAUCACUUAUUCCUUUCUUGCAGCACUUUUGGUGCCCUUUGGUCUCUUGUCAGCUCCUGGAUUGGCUCUUCUCUGGUGACUGCUCAGACUCUUUCCGAUCACUUUGUUCAGUUUACAGGUUCAGCAGGGGGUCUUCGAGCACAACGUUCUUUCAUGCAGCUUAUAUGGCUUGCUGUUGUGUGGGUUGUGGUUGAAAGCGACGAGUAG